CCCCCGCGGCCGCACCUGCCCCCGCGCCGGCCCCCGCAGCGCCCCGGGCCCCGCGCUGCCCCCGCGGGCCCUGCCGGCUCCCAGCGCGAGCCUCCGUUCCCCGCCGUGCCGCCGGAGCGGGCGGUUCCGCACCUUCACUGCCCUUCGCUGCAGCACUUCAGAGACAACUACCUCAUUCCCCAGCGGCCCGUGGUCCUGGAGGGCGUCAUGGACCACUGGCCGUGUAUGAAGAAGUGGAGUGUGGACUAUUUCUGGGAAGUGGCAGGGUGCCGCACAGUCCCCGUGGAGCUGGGAGCUCGGUACACAGAUGAGGAAUGGUCUCAGCAGCUCAUGACUGUCAGUGACUUCAUCAGCCAGUAUAUCAUGGCCGAGAACAACAUAGGAUACCUUGCCCAGCACCAGCUUUUUGAUCAGAUCCCAGAACUGAAAGAAGAUAUCACUAUCCCUGACUACUGCUGCUUGGGGGAAGGGGAAGAAGAUGACAUCACCAUUAAUGCUUGGUUUGGUCCAGGAGGCACAAUCUCACCUCUUCAUCAGGAUCCCCAGCAAAAUUUUUUAGCCCAGGUAUUUGGAAGAAAGUAUAUCCGUCUCUAUUCACCACAAGAUUCAGAAAACCUGUACCCCCAUGAAAGCCAAAUUCUUCACAACACUAGUCAGGUUGAUGUGGAAGAUCCAGACUUGGUCAAGUUUCCAAAUUUCACAAAGGCUGCAUUUCAGUCCUGCAUUCUGAUGCCUGGACAGAUUCUGUUUAUUCCAGUUAAAUACUGGCACUACGUGCGAUCGCUUGAGCUCAGCUUCUCUGUUAGUUUCUGGUGGUCAUAGCUCUGAAAUGUAGUCAGCAGCA